GCUCUGUUUGCAAGAGACAGCACUGGACUUUGGACUAUAGCUGAGAAGUGAAGUAAACAACAGGACUAUAAAUACCAGCGUUUCUCACUGUGCCUUUGUGGAGCAGCCCCAGAAAAGCAAAGAGAAAGGAAGCAAGCUGAUCUGAAGGGGUUGCGUCAACCCCAGCAAUGUGGCGAAGUCUAGGGCUUGCCCUGGCUCUCUGUCUCCUCCCUAGUAGGGGAACAGAGAGCCAGAGCCAAAGCUCCUUUUGUAAGCAACCCCCAGCAUGGAGCAUAAGAGAUCAAAAUCCCAUGCUGAGUGCCACUGGCACAGUGACUGUGGUUGCUCUUCUUCAAGCCAGCUGAUAUCUGUGCAUUCUGCAGGCAUCCAGAUUUGAAGACCUGCGAGUAAAACUGGAGAAAGAAGGCUAUUCUAAUAUUUCCUAUGUUAUUGUUAAUCAUCAAGGAAUUGAUUCUCAGUUAAAAUACAUACACCUUAAAAAUCAAGUUUCUGAUCAUAUACCUGUUUAUCAACAAGAAGAACACCAAACAGAUGUCUGGACUCUCUUAAAUGGAAAUAAAGAUGACUUCUUUAUCUAUGACAGAUGUGGUCGUCUCGUAUACCAUCUUGGUCUACCUUACUCCUUCCUAAGUUUCCCAUAUGUAGAAGAAGCCAUUAAGAUUGCUUACUGUGAAGAAAAGUGCGGAAACUGCUCUCUCAAGACUCUUGAAGAUGAAGACUUCUGUAAAAAUGUAUCUUUGGCUACUGUGGUAAAAACAACUGAGGCUCCACAGCCACAUAACCAUCAAAACCAACCUCACAAGCAGGGGCAUCAGCAUCUUGGGAGCAGUGAACUCUCUCAGAAUAAGGAACCAGGAGCACCAGAUAAUCCUGUGCUUUCCCUUCCGCUAGGCCUUCAUCAGCACCAUCAGCUCAAGGGCCAAGCCAGGCAGGGUCACUCAGAGAGUUGAGAUAUACCACCAGGUGAAAGUUUACAACUUUCACUAAGAAAACUCUGUCAAAAGGGGUGCAAAAACCAGUUACUGUGUAAGUCAUCCAAAGAUUCACAAUUAGCUCCUAGAAGCUGUUGCUGCCAUUGUCGACAUCUGAUAUUUGAAAAAACAGGGUCUUCAGUCACCUGCCAGUGUGCAGAAAAUCUCCCAUCUUUAUGCAGCUGUCAGGGACUUUUGGGAGAGGAGAAAGUCAUUGAAUCUUGUCAGUGUCGAUUGCCUCCAACUGCCUGACAAAUAAGUCAGCAGCAGAAACCCACAGAAACCAACCGUGACUGAAGUUGAAAAAAUAUGGCACAAAAGUGAAAAUGACCUUCAAACUAAAUAUUUAAGACAAGAUACACUCCCUAAAUCAAUUUGCAGACACAAUUUCAUUUCCAAAAUUUUAUAAACUACUUAAUUAGUAAAUUAAAAUAGGAACUGGAUUAUGCAAAUAUGGAGAAAUCUUCUAGAUUGGUUUCUAAAUUUUAUGUCAUAAAAUUUUUGACCCAAACCACAUUUUUAUCAUGGAGCAACUGAAAAGUGAUUGCACCUUUUGGUUAAUAUGUCUUUCUUGCUCUUUUUUCAGUAUUCUAUUUGCAUUAAUGAGAACAGAAACAUAAAC